GGCACCGACCGCCGGAAAGGUGUGCAGGGGAGGCGGUGGCAAAAAUGUGCGCGAGUCGGGGGCCGGCGAUCGGGACUCCCGCGCGGCCCCCGACCGGCUGGGCGACCUUGGGGGAGCAGACUCCGUCUCUGGGCCAAGGUGUGGAGCCCGCGUGCACCUGCCCGUCCGUCUUCCUCCCUCCUUUCCUGCCGGCUUUUGCCAGGUAGGCCUAAGCUGGCUUCUCCCGAGUGAGCCGGUGUUUGGGGUUUCCGUCUAAACGGCGGGGCCCAGCGGAUCCUGAGGCCACGCACCCCCAGGGGGGGCUAUGCGCGACGCACAGCACCACAGGGGAAUGCUGCCCUUGCUGCUCUGCGUCGUGUCCAUCGCUCUUCCACGUAUUAUCAGGGCAGAUGCUUGCAAGGACGUGAGUGUGCAGGAUGAGAUGGCUUCAGUAGGCCAGCCUACAGCUUUUAAUUGCAUAUACCCUUUGCCAACGUCUGGGAAAGUGAAUGUGACGUGGUAUAAAUUUCCUAGCAAAAUCCCAAUAUCCAAAAACAUACGGUCUAGGAUUCACCAGGAGCGAAACUGGAUUUUGUUUCUCCCCUUGAAAGGGGAGGACUCUGGGAUCUACAAAUGUGAUAUAAAUGAUACAAACAUCUGUCACAGACUACAAGUAAACCUAACUGUGUUAAACAAACAUUGGUGUGUUUCUGGACACAGUCAACUGAAUAUAUCAGAUGACUUCAAACAGAUCUUAUAUGUUGGAAAAGAUGACAGUCUUAUAUGUCAUCUGAACUUCCCAAACAGUUUUGUUCUGGAUUCAGUGAAGUGGUAUAAGGACUGUAAAGAGGUUGAAGGAGAGAGGUUUAUUUCUCGGGAAAAAAGGCUUUUAGUGAAGAAUGUCUCGGCAGAGGAUGAAGGGAAAUAUGCCUGUCGAGCCAGACUCACAUACGCAGGGAAACAGCACACGGUUUUAAACAGCAUCACGGUGAAUACUGAAAAAGUGCAAAAUGGAGGACGCAUCCCUAAGAUCAUUUAUCCAAAAAACAAUUCAAUUGAAGUGCGACUUGGCUCCGCCCUCAUCGUGGACUGCAAUAUCACAGACACACGGGACAACACAAACUCCCGCUGCUGGAGGGUCAAUGGCACCUUGGUCGACCAUUACUACAAUGAGUCCAAACGAAUUCAGGAAGGAAUCGAAGACUACACUGUUUUCCAAGAACAUAUUUUUUACACAGUGAACAUAACGUUCUUAGAAGUGAAAAUGGAAGACUAUGGCCGCCCCUUCACCUGCCACGCCGGAGUGUCCGCCGCUUACUUCAUAUUAAAGCCCCCAGGUAGUGGUCCCCUGCGGUGCCUGCUGCUCCGACGUUCCAAGCUUUGGUAUCGAAGUGCCUUCCAUUCUCCAGGGACCGUGGAAGAUGGGAAGCUGUAUGAUGCAUACGUCUUAUACCCCAAGCCUCAAAGAGAAAGCCAGAGCCAUGACGUGGACACACUGGUGCUGAAGAUUCUGCCCGAGGUGCUGGAGAGGCAGUGUGGAUACAAGUUGUUUAUAUUUGGCAGGGAUGAAUUUCCUGGACAAGCUGUGGUCAGUGUCAUUGACGAGAACAUUAAGUUGUGCAGAAGACUGAUUGUCAUCAUAGUUCCUGAAGCCCUGAGCUUUGACCUGCUAAGGAACAUGUCAGAAGAACAGAUCGCCAUCUACAAUGCUCUCAUCCAGGACGGGAUAAAGGUCAUCCUGAUUGAGCUGGAGAAGGUCGAGGACUACACAGCCUUGCCGGAGUCAAUUCAGUACAUCAGGCAGAAGCAUGGGGCCGUCCAGUGGAGCGGGGACUUCACAGAGCAGUCCCAGUGUGCCAAGACCAAGUUUUGGAAAAAAGUCAGAUACCGCAUGCCACCCAGAAGGUGGCCACCCUCUUCUCCAGUCCAGCUGCUGCAGCACACGCCCUGUGACCUCACGGCCAGCGGCAGGGAGGCCAGCGUAGGGGUCCUCACCCCAUGACGGAGAGUUGGUGGUCCUGGGGCAGCUCACAGUUAAACCAGGAUGCAUUGCAGGGGCCGUUUGCUCGAAGCUUGCUGUUGUGUACCUUUGAGAAGACCUGUGUCUGUUUGCUCCUUCUCAUCACAGCUGCUUCUUGAGGGCAUCACCUCUUUGCAAGGCCCUCAUGAACUUCCUGGCUCUGAACGCUCCUGAACACCCACUGAGCAUGAGUCUCAGCAUUCGAGCCCCCGAGAGCAGGUGGCACUAUCUCUGGCCAUUUGACUGCCCUCCAGGCAGUAAAAUCUGGACCACAGUGAGUGGGUGGUCUCUGGCUUGCGGCUUGGUGAAAAUUUUGGGAAUCCCACCCAUUCUGUUUUGGGAAUAUUCCCUUCAGAGGGUAAAGAGAGACAGAGAAGCCCCAGUGUCAGGACAGAGGGCAAGACCCUGGGAUGUGUCCUCUCAAAGGGGGCCUGGUGUGCAUGUGAAUUUCAGAAAAAGGAUCCUGCAGGAUUCCUUGGCGACUAACAUUUAUAAAUGAAUGACCACAUACACAGGCCCUCAAUGCAGUCCUUAAAAUGCGCAUUUCCACUAGUUUGUACACAUUCUUUAAUAUUUUAUCUCAGCAACUGAACGCAUAGCUAAGCUGCUAAAGAUGAAGCUGUGUAAAUAAACCUCGGCGAACCAUUUGCCAUUUUGAAAACCCAGCGAUUCCCAUCUCAUUCUCAAUUUUGUUUUUAGUAGUUUCAGCACUUUCAUUUUUAAUUUCCACUAGUUUUUAAUGAAAUAAUAGGGAUGGAAAAAGGUGAAAAUACAAAUGACUGUGUUAACCUGGCUUUGCAGCUGAAAUGCAGGCUGGCAGGUAAGGACUCAGAAUUUGCAUGUCAGAUGGCGAUGGGCUCGUGUCCAAAUCUGCAGAAGAAAGAAGGUGUCGGUGCCGAUGGAAGUGGACAAAAGGCAGGUUAUAGGAGAGCUGAAGGUCAUUGCUACUUUGCUCAUGUUUCAGCAGCUUGGCUUAGACAGGAGACUUGUCCCCAGUCCUUGGGGGUGGCCCCGGAUCUCCAGGAUGAAACUGAGGGCGUGGGGAGUGGCUUGGAGGUAAGGGUGAGAGGUGAAUGGUCCGUGAAGGUGAAAUACAGGUGUUGAGUCCUCCUGUUACCUUUUGGCUCACCUUCCUGUGGUGACUGAGCCGGCGACAAAACCCACGUGACAUCAUGAGUCUGCCUGUGAGAAAGUGAAGGCUGAGUCACAGCUAACGAAGGGUCCAGGGACGGCUGCUCUUUUCCCAAAAGGUCGCCUGAGAUGGAGACAGACCCGUGAACGCACUUGGCGCCCUCCGUGGCAUGCGAGGAGCUGUCUGGCCAACGCGGGGAGAGGGCGGUGGGGGCCUCCAUCCCUCAGCGCCUUCUGCCCCCCCCCCCCGCCAGGCCCCCUGCAGAGACUCAGAGGACUUCCUGCCGCGCCUCUUUCCUGCAGUUGACCUUUCCUGUAUUUAUGAACUUUCCUCCAGCACGCGCUUGUUUGGUUGAUUUAUCCAGGGUUGUGUCUGGAAAUUUAAGUGGAA